AUGAUCAAAUAUACUCCAUUCAUUGUGUUAUGGUUUGUUUUCUUCGCAUGUAGGAUUGAUCUCGGUCUCAACGCAAUAGCACAUUCAAAUGUAAGCUGUCUUGACAGUGAGCGAAAAGCUCUCCUCGAAUUUAAGGAAGGUCUAGUUGACAACUCAAAUCAUUUAGCAUCCUGGAUCGGGGAAGAUUGUUGCUCAUGGGAAGGAAUUGACUGCAUCAGGAACACUCGACAUGUGGUGAAACUUGAUCUGCGUAAUAACGCUGUUAUUGAUUUUGAUCGAUUGCAAUAUGGGGACGUGCAAAAUUAUGUCUCUAUCAUGCGUAAAUCUUGCUUGGGAGGCCAGAUAAGUCCUUCGUUAGUGAACCUGCAGCAUUUGCAUUACUUGGAUUUAAGUUUGAAUUAUUUUGCAGGAAUUCGGAUCCCAGCAUUUAUAGGAUCCUUGAAAUAUUUGAGAUAUCUCAACCUUUCUAGUGCAGGUUUCAGUGGGACAAUUCCUCCCCAAUUAGGAAAUCUCUCAGCCUUGGAAUAUUUGGAUCUUCGUGAAAAAUCCGAAGGUUUUAGUGGUUGGAUAAGUGAUUAUCAGUUGUCGACAAAGAGUCUCUGGUGGGCCACUAGUCUUUCUUCCUUGAAACAUUUGGACCUCUCCUCGGUAGACCUAAGCGAGGCUCAGGACUGGUUACAAGCACUUAACAAACUUCGUUUCUUAUCCUCACUAACAUUACAACUUUGUAGAAUUUAUUCCUUUCCUCAUAUUGCACACCUUAAUUUCACAUCUGUUACUUCACUUGACCUCAGUUACAAUAGAUUUAACUCCACAAUCCCUCUCUGGUUGUUUAAUUUAACUUCACUCAUUCAUCUCGACCUCAGUUUCAACAGUUUUUUUGGUCCAAUAGUUCCUAAUAGCCUUCAACAUUGGACUUCACUAAGCUACCUCGAUCUUAGCAGCAAUCGAUUCAAUACUUCACUGCCCGAUCCGCUUUUCACUUUGAACAAUCUUGUCCACAUGGAAUUGAGUGGUAACCAAAUCCAAGGCCCGCUCCCCUUCCGCCUAGGCAACCUAACUUCUCUUUCCGUACUGCACAUGGGAGUUAACAAGUUUGGAGGCAAUAUUCCAAGUGCAAUUGGGCAACUUCGAGAACUCACCGAACUCGAUCUCAGUGGGAAUGGGUUCAAUGGUACCAUUCCAUCCUCUCUUUGGAGGUUGAGUGAGUUGAAAUCAUUGGAUCUAUCUUAUAAUCCAUUGAGCGGGGAGCUGCGUGACAUUCACUUUGCCAAACUUGCACAACUGAAAGAAUUAAGCUUAUCCUCCACUCUACUUGCUCUGAAUGUGAGUUUCUCGUGGGUCCCACCAUUCCAGCUUCACUUUAUAGAUAUGAGUUCCAUGAAGAUAGGGCCCAAAUUUCCUCUCUGGCUUCAAACUCAGCAAAGAGUCGAAUAUCUAUACAUGUCAGAUGCAAGCAUCUCAGAUACUAUCCCAGAUUGGUUUGAGAGAGUGUGUCAUGGCAUAAAAAAUUUGUAUUUCUCCAACAAUCACAUGAUAGGAAAACCACCCGUGUGCAAAGGAAAUAGUGGUGAUAAAUAUCGCGCAGUGUUUUCUUUGGAGUCAAACAAAUUCGAGGGGCCUUUGCAAUUGUUACCAACAGACAUUUCUGAAUUUUAUCUUAAAAAUAACUCACUGCAAGGGAUUAUUCCACAGCCCGACAUUAACAUGACAUUGGAUAUUCUUCGAAUACUAGAUCUCAGUGAUAACCACUUCAUCGGCAGCAUCCCUGAUUCUUUGUGCAGCUUACAAAUGCUUCUUGUCCUGGAUCUUUCUAACAACCAGCUCUCCGAAAGGAUCCCUUCAUGCAUUGGUAAGCUUAAAACGUUGGAAGUGCUACGUCUAGCAAACAACAGUCUCCACGGGCACAUUCCAAUUUCAUUGGGACAUCUCAAUGUUCUCCGGUCAUUGCACUUGGACCGAAACAAAUUUACAGGGAUGGUCCCAUUCUCUCUCAGACAUCUAAAAAAUUUGCAGUAUCUUGAUCUUGGAAAAAAUGGACUGGAGGGCAUUAUACCAGCAUGGAUUGGGGAUGAACUAUCUAGUCUGAAGAUCCUUGUGCUUGAAUCUAAUAAUUUCCAUGGUGACAUUUCCAUGUGCCUCUGCAAAUUAUCAUCCCUUCAGGUUUUAAAUUUGAAAAACAACAACUUAACUGGACAUAUACCGCGCUGUUUUAACAACUUUACAGCAAUGACAUUGACAGAAUUGGACUCUAUAGGUAUUUAUGUCUGGGUUUCUGUCCUGAAUAUGAGCUAUGGUGUAGUUGACAAUAGUGAAGAACUUUCAGUUUUCAUCAAAGGUGGAAUGUUGAACUACACCUCAAGGAAUGUGGCAUAUGUUAGAUUCAUGGGGCUCUCAGGAAACAAACUAAGUGGGGAAAUACCUGUCGAGUUAAUGUCUCUUGUUGGAUUGCAGGGUUUGGAUUUAUCUAGAAACCAUCUAUGUGGAAGAAUCCCAGAAAACACUGGGGACUUGAACCAACUUGAGUCUCUAGAUUUAUCCAAAAAUGACCUUUCCGGUCCAAUUCCCCAAAGUUUGUCGAACUUGGAUUCUCUGGGCUGGCUGAACUUGUCGUUCAACAAGCUAACCGGUCGAAUUCCAUCCGGACGUCAUCUGCAGACAUUAGACGACCCAACCAUUUACAUGGGAAACAGUGGACUUUGUGGUGAACCCCUAGACAAAAGCUGCCCUGAUGAAUCUGAUGGUAAAUCAAAUGUCGGAGAAUCGGGUGAUCAUGAAGAUGGCAAGGAGUCUUGUUUUGAUUGGUUUUAUGCUGGUUUGGGACCUGGUUUUGCUGUUGGACUCUUGGGAUUCUUCAGUGUCCUAUGUUUCAAAAAGUCAUGGCGCUAUGCAUUCUUCGGAUUUCUGGAGAACUUGUUGAAUAAAGUAUCGGUAGAAAUUGAAUUGCUAAAAAGGAAGUUUGAUUGA